GCUUUAAUAUUUCCUUUCAAUUUUAUGUUAUCUAUUGCUUACCACUCCUCGUCAUGACGAGUAAUGUCUUGUUAAUAUUGUUGGUUUCUUACGAUUAUCUUAUUUUUAAAAAAAAAAAAAAAACCAGAGUCAGUGAGCUUAAGGUUGUUGAAUUAUUAGAUGAGCUUUGUGAUAAAAUGAAAGAUUACACUCUUGAGAAGGUAGACUCGAAAAGAUAUGAAUGGUUUAGAGUGGAUAGUUGGGACAAUAUUUCAAGUAAGAAUGGGAUUGGAACACCAAAAGAGUUUCUUAUCCUUGCUUUUCUAGGAUUUGGAAUUGCUCCCUUUUCUCUGUUGAGCUGGCCGACCCUGUUAGUUGUGAUGCUGAUGGUUGGUUCUAACUCAGCAUACAAGCAAGAAGCCAAGGCAUAUUCAAAAGAUUUAUCAUCUUAUUGUGAAAGGUUACUGGAGGAAACUGAAGAUGAGUUGGCAGAACUGAUAAAGAAAGGAUCCGUGAAAGUAGGAGGUUUGAGCAAGAUUCUAUGCCUGGAUUUGAGCAAGCACUGUAAGCAGUCAAGUGAUUCCCAUGAGGUGGAUGCUGACGAUGAUGAACCAGAUGGGGAACUAUGAGAAACUCCAAUAAUUUUUGGAAUCAAUCACCCGUGGGAAAGUUUUUCUCAAAAUCGACAGCCUUUUUACCAUGUUGAAUUAGUGUUCCCCAUGAUACUACUUUUUCAUUUUUGAUGGGACAACUGUGGACUUUUGGUAUCACAUAUUCUCGUCCAAAACCUGAAAAUUAAGCCAUUUUUUCGCCUGUUUCAUGUG